GCUCACAUGAUUCAACUUGAGCAAUGACAGAACACUCUGUUUUUACUACUUUGAGUCUUUUCUGUGUAAUAAUAUGUUUUUAUGUGUCAAAGACGGGCUCAGCUGCCAGUUCUCCAAACAUUAUCAUUAUGCUCAUGGAUGACAUGGGUUGGGGUGAUCUGGGGGUCUGGGGGCAGCCCUCUAAAGAGACCCCACAUUUAGAUGCAAUGGCAGCUCAGGGGAUGUUGCUGCCAAACUUCUACACUGCAAAUCCUCUGUGUUCCCCUUCCAGAGCUGCUCUUCUUACUGGGAGGUUACCUGUCAGGAACGGUUUCUACACCACCAAUGCACAUGCCCGAAAUGCAUACACCCCCCAAGAAAUAGUUGGGGGGAUCUCUAAAGAUGAGAUUUUGUUACCAGAGAUGCUGAAGAAGAAAGGCUAUGUCAGCAAGAUAGUUGGCAAAUGGCAUCUUGGGCACAGACCUCAAUAUCUUCCUCUUAAACGUGGAUUUGAUGAGUGGUUUGGUUCUCCAAACUGCCACUUUGGCCCUUACAACGACACAAAGGAACCUAAUAUUCCUGUGUACAACAACAGUGAGAUGGUUGGAAGGUACUACGAAGAGUUUCAGAUCCUCCGAGAGACUGCAGAGUCCAAUCUGACACAGAUCUAUUUGCAGGAGGCGUUGGACUUCAUUCUCCGUCAGACUCGAGCUCAAAAACCCUUCUUCCUUUACUGGGCCCCUGAUGCCACUCACGCCCCUGUGUACGCCUCUAAGCCCUUCAGAGGGAAAAGCCAACGCGGAAGAUACGGUGAUGCUGUGAUGGAGCUGGAUUACAGUGUGGGUCGGAUUUUGGCAUCGCUAAAGUCUCUGGGCAUCGACAACAAUACCUUUGUGUUCUUCACCUCAGAUAACGGUGCUGCUCUGGUGUCAGGGACUGAAGGUGGAAGCAAUGGGCCUUUUCUCUGCGGGAAGGAGACGACUUUUGAAGGAGGGAUGAGGGAACCGGCCAUUGCUUGGUGGCCUGGACAUAUAAAAGAAGGCUCGGUGAGCUUUCAGCUCUCUAAUGUCAUGGAUCUCUAUACCACGAGUUUGGCCAUCGCCGGCAUUAGCCCUCCUGAUGAUCGAGUACUGGAUGGACUAGACCUGACCCCUGUCCUGCUCAACAACUCUCUCAAAAACAGGCCCAUCUUUUAUUACCGUGGGAAUGAGCUGAUGGCUGUGCGUCUGGGUCAGUACAAGGCCCACUACUGGACCUGGAGUAACUCUUGGGAGCAGUUUAAAACCGGAAUCAACUUCUGCCCCGGCCAAGAGGUGCCCGGUGUGACCACUCAUGAUCAAAUGAACCACACUUUACAACCACUCAUCUUCCACCUGGGACGGGAUCCUGGAGAGAAGUACCCAAUCAGUGUGCUGACCAAAGAGUACCAGGACGUCCUAAAAACAUUCACACCGAUCGUGCAGCAGCAUCAGAAAGACUUGAUUCCUGGAGUUCCUCAGCUCAACAUGUGUGAUCGGGCUGUGAUGAACUGGGCUCCUGAAGGAUGUGAGAAACUGGGGAAGUGUCUGAAGCCGCCGGAGUCCAGUCCAUGGAAAUGUUUUUGGCCACACUAAACUCACAGGGACUAAAGCAAAAACUUGCACAAAAGUGUUUUUCUCUGGUGUCGUUUGUCACUCCUGGAUGAAGGGAUGGAUUUACAAUGUGAAAUAUUUAAUAUAAUAUUUGUAUUAAAUAUUAUUGUAUUUUUCAUGAUUUGUGCUCUGCUGGUGAUUCUUGACAGUUACACUUUUUAUUUAAAAUUAUUGUUGUCUUUGGUUAUUUUUACAUUUUCUGAAAAAGGGAUGUUCUGUUUCAGAACUGAAUUUUAAAUAAAGUUAUUCUUGAUUCAUG